AUGGUGGCCCAUCGUCGACGUAUCACCUUUGAGUCUUCAGGCUCAUCAGAAUCAGACACUGAUUCAGCGUCAUCGUGUGAAACUUCCCAAACUCCUCACAUAGAGAAAUCCACUCGCAGUGCCGAGCCCUUCAAAGGGAGAAAAUGUGAGCAUAAGUCGUCAAGCAGCGACAACGACGACAAGACGAAGAGUUCAGAACGUCCAAGGUCGCAAAAACAGGACAACCAAGCUAUCCAGAACACGCCCAGAACCCGGGAGAGAUGCACCUUAGUGGAGUGCAACAAGUCGUUAUUACUGAUCCCCGCUGGCUUCCAUGCUGUGGUCAAGGCUGACGGCGCUGAAUACCAGACAAGCAAUAAAUCUGUGAAUGUAGACCAGACUGUCGUGGAAUGGCAUGAGCGCAUUCUUCUGCUGUGCAAUACAUCUUCUAAAGUUCGGGUCAGUGUCUAUGCCUCAUUCGAAUUGGGUUUCAUGCUCUGUCAUGGAGAACUCCUGCGCACGUUCGAGAUCUCAGUCGGAGAAUUACUGGAUCGCAGCGAAACAUCGCACCCCAUAAUCUUUCAGCCAAAGCAGGAGGAAGUCUUGUCUGCUUGUACUUCACUGUUCAUGACGGUGGAGCAGCAAUUUUCUGAGCAAAACGACACUGCAGUUUUUUGCCCCAUUACUACUCUUACAUCCCACGGUAUGGAUGGGUUAGCACUAAUGAUGGAUGCUGGACAUCGUCUUCUCGCACGAUACUGCAGGAUGCAGAGCAGUGAGGACCUUGAACAAUCCAUAAAGCACUUUGAAUGGGCCUCGGAUCUCUGCCCCUUGGAUCAUCCUUACCGCCCUGCAGCACUGUUCAAUCUAGCCACAGUAAAGUUUGCUAGUUGCCAAGCUGACAAAAGUUGCCUCGAUGUCGACAUUCCUAUCUCUCUUUUUCAAGACGCCCUUGACUUUCGUCCCACUGAUCAUCUGGACCGAACAGUCACCCAGCUCCAUCUUGCCAUUGGUUUACUGUCGCACUUCGCGAAAUGGAAAUUUCAAGUGGUGUCUUCUUAG